GGAAGAGGAGGGGGAGUGGGGGGGGGGGAGAGCGACAGCCUGCGACGGCGCCUGCGCGGUGGGCGUGAUCCGGGCACUUAGGGCAGGAUGAACGCUGCUUUCCAAGAUGGCGACGGAGGGAGGAGGGAAGGAGAUGAACGAGAUUAAGACCCAAUUCACCACUCGGGAAGGUCUGUACAAGCUGCUGCCGCACUCGGAGUACAGCCGGCCCAACCGGGUGCCCUUCAACUCGCAGGGAUCCAACCCCGUCCGCGUCUCCUUCGUAAACCUCAACGACCAGUCUGGCAACGGCGACCGCCUCUGCUUCAAUGUGGGCCGGGAGCUCUACUUCUAUAUCUACAAGGGGGUCCGCAAGGCUGCUGACUUGAGUAAACCAAUAGAUAAAAGGAUUUACAAAGGAACACAGCCUACUUGUCAUGACUUCAACCACCUAACAGCCACAGCAGAAAGUGUCUCUCUCCUAGUGGGCUUUUCCGCAGGCCAAGUCCAGCUUAUAGAUCCAAUCAAAAAAGAAACUAGCAAACUAUUUAAUGAGGAAAGACUAAUAGACAAGUCACGCGUAACCUGUGUCAAAUGGGUUCCCGGUUCGGAAAGCCUUUUCCUAGUAGCCCACGCGAGUGGGAGCAUGUACUUGUAUAACGUGGAGCACACUUGUGGCACCACAGCCCCCCACUACCAGCUCCUGAAGCAGGGCGAGAGCUUCGCCGUGCACACUUGCAAGAGCAAAUCCACGAGGAACCCUCUCCUUAAGUGGACCGUGGGCGAGGGGGCCCUCAACGAGUUUGCUUUCUCCCCAGAUGGCAAGUUCUUGGCCUGCGUGAGCCAGGACGGGUUUCUGCGGGUGUUCAACUUUGACUCGGUGGAGUUGCACGGCACAAUGCGGAGCUACUUCGGAGGCCUGCUGUGCGUGUGCUGGAGCCCGGACGGCAAGUACAUCGUGACGGGCGGCGAGGACGACCUGGUGACCGUCUGGGCCUUCGGAGACUGCCGGGUGAUCGCCCGAGGCCACGGGCACAAAUCCUGGGUCAGCGUUGUGGCGUUCGACCCCUACACCACGAGUGUGGAAGAGAGCGACCCCAUGGAGUUCAGCGGCAGUGACGAGGACUUCCAGGACCUCCUCCAUUUCGGCCGCGACCGGGCCAACAGUACACAGUCGCGGCUGUCCAAACGGAACUCUGCCGAGAGCCGCCCCGUCAGCGUGACGUACCGGUUCGGCUCGGUGGGCCAGGACACGCAGCUCUGCCUCUGGGACCUCACGGAAGACAUCCUUUUCCCUCACCAGCCCCUCUCGAGAGCAAGGACACACACCAAUGUCAUGAACGCCACGAGCCCUCCUGCCGGCAGCACGGGGAACAGCAUCACGACGCCCGGCAGCUCCGCGCCCCCGCCCCUGCCCCGCUCCAACAGCCUCCCCCACUCCACCGUCUCCAGCGCCGGCAGCAAGAGCAGCGUGGCUGACGGCGCCGUCGCUUCUGGGGUCAGCAAAUUCGCGACGCUCUCCCUGCACGACCGGAAGGACAGGCACCACGAGAAAGACCACAAGCGAAACCACAGCAUGGGACACAUUUCUAGCAAGAGCAGCGACAAACUGAACCUGGUUACUAAAACCAAAACGGACCCAGCUAAAACCCUGGGGACGCCCCUGUGUCCUCGGAUGGAAGACGUCCCCUUGUUAGAGCCGCUCAUCUGUAAAAAGAUAGCGCAUGAAAGACUGACUGUGUUAAUUUUUCUUGAAGACUGUCUAGUCACUGCUUGUCAGGAGGGAUUUAUUUGCACAUGGGGAAGGCCUGGUAAAGUGCGCCCUGACGUCCGCGACCCUGAAUGCCUCAAGGCCAGGAGCCCGGCCUAGAUCUGCAAGUCCCCUGGGGGCCGUGAGAGGCAGACGUGGGGCCGAGCCCCUGGGCCGUGCUCCCACCUGACGCGAGACAGCGGAGCCUGGGGCUCGGGGCUGCCAGGACCUCAGGAAGCUCCUCCAGGGGGUCGACCCCAGCAUAUUCCUGACGGGGCCGGCCUCCCGAGCCUCUGCCGCCAGGCUGCCGAUCGGAGGAGACGGCCUCGGCCUCCGCCCUCACACGGGCCGCCUCGGAUCUCCUGGAGCGGGAGCCCUAGGGUUUUCCCGAGUGCAGAGUGGAUUUUAAGCCCGUACCUGUUAGGUCAACAGCAAGUUUAAAAAGAUACACACUUCAUCUUUUCAAAAUAGUUAGUUUGUGCCUUGCGAAAAGACUCUAGGCCCGUCUUCCGCGGGCGCCUGCCUGUCGAAACUCCCAAAUCUGGACCAGGGGGUCCCAAGAGGGUCGGAGCCCCCGGAGGCGCUCAGCCCGUCCCCCCCUCUAGUGUCGGUGGCUUCCAGACCAGCCUCUCGUGUUGGGUGGGCCCCUCUGGAGAGGCUUUAGGGACACCCAAGAGGAUUCCCUCCCCCAGCCACCGGACGUAGGGCCCAAGGGUAAGAGUGCGGGCCUGGUCUGCAGGCUCCUUCUCAGAGUGGCCCUCACACGCUUGUGCCCGAGAGCACCUUUUUCCCGUACGUCCGACAAGAGCGUCACUUUCCCCCGGCCUUGGAGGCCAGGUUGAGGGGCCUCUGGGGAAAUGUGUCACCUUUGGUGUAACCUGUCACUGGGCAGCUGGAGGCUGCCACAGGAACACAGUCCGCUGCCAGAGCGUGCAGGGGCUCUGGGGCGGGGUGGGGGCCGAGGCCCUGCUUGGCCCACUUCCCAUGCCUGGCUCGGGGGCUCUGGGGCCUCGGCCCCGCCGGGCACGUGGUCUGGGUCCCGUGAGCGGCGAGGCCCUGGCGGCGGGGGGAGUGCAUCCACGGCUGGAAGCUCCUGGAGGAAGGCAGCCUGGUGACAUCCCGCCGACUCCGGGCCAUCUCUAAGGGGACAUCGCUUUACAAAUGAUAUUUGCCUCUUAGUCUCUGUGUGAACAAGAGCUGGAGUAUCUCAUCCCUUACUUUUCAGUGAGGUCUCUAGCGGGGAUAAAACGGCCACUCUAGUGAGAGCAGCAGAUCAAAUACCAGGUUCAGGAGUCAUCCCUCGACCUCUCUCAGCUGCCCGGGGGCCCGAGAGGAUGGGCGCUCACGCAGCGAGUCGCCGCCGCCCGCUGUCCACUGUCCGGUGGGUCAGCGCCACGCAGGCCGGCCGGGCCCGAGUCUCCUUCCUCCCACCGAAGUCACCAGGGAAGGCGCCAACAGCAAGCCCCCUCCGGAGCAGGCGGCCCGGGCCGCAGCCGGGCCCCGCACGUCCACAGGGCUUCCUCGCGAUGGCCGCCUCAGGUCUUUGAUGGGGGCCUGUGUUGCCCGUCUUUCUGUCCCCGGGUAACCUUUAAACGAAAGCACAGCUGAUAGAAGCAAGAUGACCUGGACACUGGAUUUUUGGUUGAACGGCAGGAUUUCUCCGGGCCUCCACGGUCCAUCCCAGUGAAGCUGGUUCCAUCUCCAGGAAGGGAGCAGGUGGGGUUGACAUCCCGCUGGCCAUGCCAGGCCCGAUGGGGACCGUGUCUGCUGGCUCCGGACAGCCUCUGGAUGGCCCCCCUCCCCUAACGCUGACCUGCAAAGGCCUCAGGCUGCUUGUGUCCAACGAUCCCUCGUGCCCUCCUCCUAGGAAUGCUCCAGACCCUCACCUGCACCCUGGGGUUGUGUCCCCUCAGCAGGGCAUGUCGCCAGGCUGCUGGAGGCCCACCAUUCUGUCCCUUGUCCCUUUGUUCUGGCAGAGGCUCACCCCACAGAGCU